AUGGCGGAGAAGCGGCCACAGGGCACCCUGGGGCCUGUGAUGUACAGCAAGCUGCCCCGUCUACAGGUCAACUCAGGCCCCGGGCACAGUUUGGGCCCCUCCGCUGCUAACCAGGACCCCUGCAACUACAAGGGUGCCUACUUCUCCUGCUCCUUGGGGGGUGUUCCCCAAACAGGGUCUGGACAGUUGACAUCCUGGACCCCAUACCCACCCUUGUAUCCUACCAGCGUAGCGGGACACCCACUUCGAGAAGACAACCUGUUGACCAGCUGCCUGCUCUAUCGCCCACCAGCAAGAAGCUCUGAGAAGGUACAGGACUCUGGUCCUGUUGAGCUCCUGCCCUUUACUCCCCAGACUCAUUCCUACACCGGCCCACCGCUGGCAGCACCCAAACCUGUCUACCGCAGCCCUCUGUGUUACGGGCUCUCAACUUGCCUGGAGGACGGAGCGGCGAAGAGGUCACUGGAUGUUGACUGGACACUGGUGACUGGGGCCCUAUUACCUCCAACCAACCCACAUUGUUCUCUGACUCUGGCUCCUGGCAAAGGCCAGUGCCCGGAUAGUGCCUUCUUACGUAAGGUGCCAGUUGGGGGAUCUGGCAAAGACUCCUCAGGGAGUUUCUCCCCUCACCAGGUAUUCCUGGACAAAUAUCAGACCAGCCACAGCACAGGCUUCUUAGCCUCCAAGUAUGCAGGUUCUUACUCUGGGGACCCCAAGCAGGGAUUGUCCGAGGGACCCCCCAAUCCUUGGGCUCAGCCCCUGGGCUCAGCCUAUCAGGAUACAGUGCCCUCCCCCUACCCACUGCCCCACCCUCCACAGACUCUGUCUUGCCCUCCAGCCUGUCACUAUCCAGAGAAGCAGAGCAGCUACAGCUCAGUGCACCCACCGCAGCCUCUGGGAGCCCACAAGGGAGCUGGGUACCUAACUGGUGGGCUGAACAGCCCCUACCUGAGGCAGCAGACAGCCCAGGCACCCUGUAUCCCCCCAGUGGGGCCGGACAUUUAUUCCUACCCCUCUGCCCCCCUCCCAGUUCCCUCACCAGACCUCAAGCUGGAGCCUCCUCUCACUCCACGGUGCCCGCUAGACUUUGCUUCCCAGCCACUGGGCUUUCCUUACGCACGGGAUGACCUCUCCUUCUGUGGAGCGUCCCCGGGGCUCAGAGGGACGUUGCCUUCCCAGAGCAGUGUUCAGGCUGUCCCUCAGCCCAGUGCCUUCCAGCGAACAUGCCAGCCUUUGCCUGCCAGUCGGCCGUGCCCAGAUCCUGUGAAGCCUGUGGAGAAGCCAGCGCGGGAAGCUGAGAAGACCCUGUGGCUGCCCAGCUGCAGGAAAGAGCCGCUCAACGAGUACCCUGGGGCACCCAUUGUUAUCGGAGACAGUCCGGGUCCCCGCCCCCCACCAGCACUCCCAUCCUGUGGCCAAGAGCCCCGAGCUCUCCCGCAGAACCAGGACACACGGCCCCCCGGCUCUCCACCCAUGCCCAUCAUCGACAAUGUCUUCAGCCUGGCCCCCUACCGUGACUACCUGGAUGUGCCGACACCCGAGCCUGACCCAGCCCCCAAGGACAGCCGUGACAAAGACUCCGGGGGAACCUGGUCUACCCAGGAGGCCCCUGUGGGGGUACAUUGCCCACAUAGGGAAGAGGCAGCACUGGACUUGAGUGUGAAGAAGCCCAUGACAGAGUCUCUUCCUAUCAAGGUCCCUAGUCCUAGGGUGCACACCAAGCCCCCUGGGACGUCAGCAACCUCAGAGGCCACCCCGAAAGCCAACUUCCACAGUUCCGUGGCCUUCAUGUUCCGAAAAUUCAAGAUCCUCCGGCCAGCACCCUUGUCUGCAGCCAUGGUCCCAGCUGUGCCCACCUCAGCCCCUGCCUCUGACCAGCGGGUACCCACGCCUACAACUGUGCCCACUGGGCUACAGAUUCCCAAACAGCCCUUGCCUGUGGCCUGCUUUGAUCUGGCACUGCCCAGUCUUCCAGGUAUAUCUGUGGUCAGCCCAGCACCUACUCUGUCUCCAUCACCUGCUCCAGCCCGGGCCCCGACUCCAGCUACUAUCCCUGUCACAGCGGAUUCCCCAGAGCAACACUUUGCAGGACUGCACGAGUCCCUGUGUGAUGCCAUCUCUGGCUCAGUGGCCCACUCCCCACCCGAGAAGCUGCGUGAAUGGCUUGAGAUGGCUGGGCCUUGGGGCCGGGCAGCAUGGCAGGAUGGGCAGGCUGUGCAGGGGCUGCUGGGCAAGCUGCUAUCCCAGCUGCAGCGCUUUGUGUGCACGCAGCAAUGCCCCUUCCCCCACGUGGUGCGGGCCGGCGCCAUCUUCGUGCCCAUCCACCUGGUGAAGGAGCGGCUCUUCCCAGGGCUGCCGGCGGCCUCUGUGGACCACGUGCUACAGGAGCACCGCGUGGAGCUCCGGCCCACCACCCUGUCGGAGGAGAGGGCGCUGCGGGAGCGAGCCCUGCGUGGCUGCACCUCGCGCAUGCUGAAGUUGCUGGCCCUGCGCCAGCUGCCUGACAUAUACCCUGACCUGCUGGGUCUGCAGUGGCGCGACUGUGUACGCCGCCAGUUGGGUGACUGA